AUGUCUGUACUGUUUUGAACUCUACGAAUCAUCAGAUUAUUUUACAGUUUGACAAUUUUAUUUUGAUGUUACUAAUGUGUUAUUAAUUAAUUGUUUAAAUCAUCUAUUCUCAUUAUGGAUAGGUUUGUUAAAUCGGUCAACAAGAUGAACUCUACAGUGCUGGUGCCUUCCAAGUUGAAAGACAUGGAUGUUGUUGGUAAUAAAAUACUCAGGCAAACUGGUUCAAUUCCACCCUGUUUAUUAAACGUCGAUUUGUAUAGCUUCUACGUAAUGUUGAAUGAUGUGAAAGAGGACCUACUUUGGGGACCUUCGAGUAUUGCACCUUUAAACCAUGUUACUGUAGAUGAAUGUUGUACUCCUGUUAGAGAUAAAUCAAGUACUGUUGGUAGCAACCGAUUAUCUGCUUCUUUAGGAGUAACCUUAUUAACUGGUGGAGGAGCUUUUGGUAAAGUAUCUGGCAAACAUAGUCGCCAACCUUCAGAUGGAUCUCUUGGCUCAAUAUGUUCUAACACUUCAUCGUCAUCUGAUUUUGAAACUGAUUAUGAGGUUGAUUCUUAUGCUCGAGAUAAAGAAUUGGAUGAUACAACUGUUCACCUAGCUCAAGCAUUUCGGCAACAUUUACAAGCACUUCAUACGAUACUUCACCAGUUUGCCGAUGCUGCCGAUUAUCUAUCCCUUAGAUAUCAAGAAGAGAUUGAUUCCUGUGUUUAACAUUUCCACUUUUAUCUUCACCAGGAAAAGACUGACUAUUGAACUUGAUCCUUUAAUGCUGUUAUUCAGAUAAUUAUUAAUUUUAUUUUUUCGUUGAAUCUCAAGAUACUUUCCAGAGCGAACCCGUCAAUCACAAUCCUAAAGUCAAUCGGUUGAAAUAAAACUGUCUAGCAUUUACGAUGAAAAAACCAAAGAUUUAAUUGUAUUUGACAGUGUUCAUUCAAAAUUGCAAAAAUUGAAAUUAUAAUAAAUUAUUUAAUUAAAUGUGA